AUGAUGUCAUACAUGGAUGAUGUGCAUGGAUUUGGUGUGUUGAUUUUGGAAACCAUGACUGGGUAUAAUAGACACUAUUUCACUGCACACCGAACUUUGUUGCAGGUUUGGAAAGAUUGGUGGUUAGGAAAAGAUCAAAAUAUGAUUGAUCGUAGAAUUCAUGCCGGUUUAAGAAUCACAGCAAGAUUCAUCCUCAUUGGGCUGCUGUGUAUCUCAAAUGAUGCAGCUGACAGACCAACAAUGGAGGAAGUUGUUGCCAUGCUGACAAACAAGACUCUCCCUAUACCAAAACUACCCAUGCCAACAUGGAUUAUAGAUAAUGAUUCAGAUGAUACAGAUGUUGCAGAUGAUACAACAGAUGCCCUAGUGUCUCGCAGGGCCGGUCUAUUUGUUUUCCAUGCCCCGGACGAAAAAUAG